AUGGUAGCUUAUAUUACGGAGUCUUGCAAGCAAGGCCUUGGGGUAGAUCACCACAGAGUUGGUGCAUUUACUGGUGCAAGUUACAAAUUGGUCUUAUCAUCAGGAUUUUGGCAGGAGAUAUAUAGAAGUGGAGGCAGAAAAUUUGGGUUCAUCAACUUGGGUUCAUUGGGUUGUUCUCCAGGACUGAGAAUACUGAAACCACAGAACAAAGGUGGCUGCCUAGGGGAAGCUUCGGUGCUUGCAGAACUACAUAAUAAAGCUUUAUCUAAACUGCUCUUGAAAAUGGAAAUGAAGUUACAUGGUUUCAAGUACUCACUCUACGGCUUCAACAAUAAUCUUAGACAAAGGAUGAAUCACCCCUCAAAAUUUGGUUUCAAGGAGGGGAAAAUAGCAUGCUGUGGGACAGGAGACUUUAGAGGGAUAUUCAGCUAUGGAGGCAAAAGGCCAGUGAAGGAGUUUCAACUAUGUGAUAAUCCAAAAGAGCAUGUCUUUUGGGACUCUUAUCAUCUCACUGAAAGAGUUUACAAACAAAUGGCAGAUCAAAUGUGGGCAGAGAACAACAAAGGGCCUUACAAUCUGAAGACUCUAUUCCGGUGCCUCUAA